AUGCCCCCUCUCCCCUCCCACCAUCCCCACCGCCGCACCGACUCCCAAUCCUCCACCUACCCCCGCGCCUCGAUCCUCCCCUCUCAAUCCCAAGCCCCCGCCUCUUUCGGCACGACCAGUCAUGCGUCCGCUGGCUCUACAUCCAUGUCCGCUGCCAAAACGCGCCAGUAUGCGCAUCUUCACGCCCAGCUCGCCCAGCUGAACGCCAACCUAGCGGACACGGAGAACCUGCUGCGCAUGACGGCCGUCCAGGCGGGCGAUAUGCGCUUUUUGGGCGGGUAUAUCGGUGCGAUGUUCAUGGGUUCCGCAAAGAUUUUGGGCGAGGAGGGAGUAAAAGGCAACGCGGAGGAGUUGGAGAAGGAUGGUAAAAGUGGGGGGCGCGGUGGGUGUUAA